CCUCCCCUGCUCGCGGUGUGACCCCGGCGUCCCGGCCCGCGGCCCCGCGGAUCCCGGCGCCCGCGCUCCCAGGGGCAGGGAUGCAUCAUGGCCACGCUGGCUUGCCGGGUGCAGUUCUUGGACGACACGGACCCUUUCAACAGCACCAACUUCCCCGAGCCCAGCCGGCCGCCGCUGUUCACGUUUCGCGAGGACCUCGCUCUCGGCACCCAGCUGGCUGGGGUCCACCGGCUGCUGCGGGCGCCGCACAAGCUCGAUGACUGCACGCUGCAGCUCUCCCACAAUGGCGCCUACCUGGACUUGGAGGCCACCCUGGCGGAGCAACGGGACGAGCUGGAAGGCUUCCAGGAUGAUGCUGGGUAA